GGGGAUGGGGGGGGGCGUAUGACAGGAAGCUGGGGAUAUGGCGAGUAGAGGGGGACAUGGAGAGGAGGAGGAGGAUGUGGCCGAGGAGGAAGACGACGAGGAGGAGGAGCAAAGAUGGGGGAGGAGGAGAGAUGGAUGGAGGGAAAGAGGAAGGGCGGGAGGAGGACGAGUGGGAGGAGGAGGAGACAUGGACGGAGAGGAAGGGGAGGACAUGAGGAAGGUAAGGAGACGAGGAGGCAUGGAAGAUGGCGAAGUACGAGGAGGAGGAGGAGGAGACAAGGAGGAUGAGGAAGGGCAGGAGGAGGACGAACAGGAGGAGGAGACAUGGAGGGCAGGAGGAGGACGAAAAGGAGGAAACGAAAAGGAGAAGGGAGGAGGAGGUAUGGAGGAGGAAGGGGAGGAGGAGCAAGCUCAUACCAUCGUCAUCACCACACAAGCUCUGACAGCACCCAAUGAGUGACAACUUGCAAAUAUACAGCAAAUGAAGAGGAAUAGUAAGA